AUCUCCAUGGUAACGUAGUGGGUGGUAGAGCCUGCUGCCCUUUGCCCCGGAACCAGUAGCGGACCCGCGUUGUGGGUGGGUGGGUGGAGAGCGGCGGUUUGGGCAGCAUAAUGAACCUGGUAGGUUUUGUGCGUGAUCACUGGUACAAUAUCCUCGUCCCCCUGGGUUUUGUGCUGGGAUGUUAUCUAGAUAGAAUGAAUGAUGAAAAGCUCACUGCAUUCAGAAACAAAAGCUUAUUGUUCAAACGGGAAUUGAAACCAGGUGAAGAAACUACAUGGAAGUGAUUCAAAUGCUUUGUUGCAGAAAAGAACAUUAAAAAGAAUCACCACAACAGUUUUAUUCUCGAUGGACUUUCAAUUAAGAAUUAAAUUAAAUAUUAUAUGAAAAA